CAUCUCUUUAUUUAUAGUAUGAAGAAGGAAGCAGCAAUCAUGGCGAAAGAGAUUGAGAAAAGACAGAAGGAGUACAUAGAGAAGCAGAAGAUGAAACAUAGAAUGGAAGACAAAACACACACCCCGCUAAAAGGUCCCGGCACUCCGAGUGGAUGGCAGCCACAACUGUCCCCUGCAUACAUGGCGGAUGGGUUCCAGUACCUCAACUCUGAUGAGGACGAGGAACCAGUCGACAGACCUGUACCUGAGUGGAGUACUUCUAAGGCCCGGCGCGGCCAGCUGUACGUCCAGAGCCAACUGUGUCGCGCGCACGUCGACCGACUGUUCAGCGUGCGCGUGCACUCGCCCGACCUCCGCGACAUCUUCCCGCGCAUCGAGCGCGCGCGACUCAAGCGGACCUCCUCCGCCGUCUGGCACACGCCGCCCGCGCGCCUGCCCGCGCUGGCCGAGUGAGGACUACUGAUGAAAGUGAUGUGUUCAACUAGUACCCGUCGCGGGCGGCGCUGCGGUCUGUACAUAGCUUACAAAUGAUACAUAACACAGAGCGUGUAUGCUCAAUACUUAUAUAUUGAGGCAGACUGUUGUAUCUACAACAUGGUUUUACUUGAUAGCUGUGUCUUUUACACUGUUUCUGUGGGUUAAAGCUUUAUUUAAUAUAAUGGUGGUUGAGAACAAUAGUCAUUGCAAUAAAGGUAAACUUUUGCCUUAGCAAGCAGCCUUCAAAUAUUUCAUCAUCAUCAUCAACAGCCUAUAAAUGCCCACUGCUGAGCAAAGCCUCUUCUCACACGGAGAAGGUUUGAGCAUUAAUCUUAUAUUAAUGAUAUUUAAUGGAAUAAAUAGACAGAAUUAUGAAACCUCCUUUUUAGUAAGUUCAUGCAUGUUUGCCUUGUUAUAACUUUAUCUGAGUCUUUUUGGUUGUUUUCUAUUGUAUAAUCUGGCUUAUAGGUAUUGCAGUGAGUUAUUAAAAAGCUGAAUCACUACAUGGUACAAAACAAAGUCGCUAUCCGCCGUCUGUCUGUCCCUAUGUAUGCUUAGAACUUUAAAACUACGCAACGGAUU